AAAGUUGAUAAUAUCGUCUCUCGCCCUAUUAGUAAAAUUUUUUGAUUCUAAUCGAAAAAAAAAAUAAAAUUGACUAAUAAGUAAGACUCUCUCCACAAAAAUGGAUGAAAAUAUGAAAACUGUUUUUGUUCUUGAUCACACACCGUAUUUUGGAAUAUCUGGAGAAGAUCCUUUUUUCCUAGAUUUAAAAGGCGGAAAGAUUUCUUUAAAGAAAUCACUUUGGACAUCGUCGGUAGAAUCGUCAAUAGAAUAUUGUCGGAUAAUUUGGGAUUUAUUUCCAACAGGGAAACUUAUUCGAUUUGUAAUAUCUGACAAAGCAGCUCAUAUUGUUAAUACUUGGGACAUUCACACACAAAAUUUAAAUCACAUUCUGAAUGCUAUGGCGAUGGUCGGCGCUCCUCGAAACUCGCAACAAACAUCCGAUUACACAGUCAUACAUGGCUUGAAAACCGCUAUUGAAGCUCUUGCUGAACCUGCUGAUUUUCAAAAAGAGAAACGUGAAGGUGGAGUUUCAAAUCGAGGAAGAGUAAUUUGCAUUACAUCAGCUCGUGACAAUCCAAGCAUGAACAGUCUUGAGAAAAUCUUUCGUCAAGUUCUCAUCCAGCAAAAUUCAAUAUCUGGUAAAAAUGACGAUCUUCUUCCUAUUGACUUCUGUCAUCUCGUUAUCAUCAACCUUUAUCCUUCAACAAUGGAAUCACUGGUUACAUCGCGUCCACCACAAGACGUCAGCACCAACUUAAGAUCAGAAAUUCAUUCAAAUCCAUCAGGAAAAUUACCCAAGGUUUUAAUGAGUUUAAUUUUAGAGCAUUAUAAUUUGGCAUCUACCACUGUCACUGGUAUUCCGAUGAAAGAAGAACAAAAUUCAAGUUCAAGUGCUAAUUACGAUGUAGAAAUCUUCCACGAAGCAAAAUCACAUUCAGUCUUCUUUGGAUCUGAAGUUGUUCUACCGCGAAGUGUCAAAGAAGGAUUCGAAUAUGAAACUGUCACAUUGAAAUGGUGCACACCACGUGCUGGUGCAGCUGAAAUGCAACAUUGUCUCGCACAAAAUCGUAUCACACCUGUUGAUGUCACUUCACGUCCAAGUUCUUGUCUCAUCAAUUUUCUUCUCAGUGGUCGUUCAGUUCUACUUGAAAUGCCGAGAAAGUCUGGAGGUAAAAUCACAAGCCAUUUGUUGUCAGCACAUGGAGGUGAAAUCUUCAUUCAUUCACUGAACACAUCAAGAAGUGUUUUGGAAGAUUCACCAUCAAUCUCUGAAGGUGUAGGAGGGAAAAUUGUCAAUUACCGUAUUCCUGACUUUGUUCAGACAACACUUGCACAACGUUUAGUACCUUUAAAAAUGAAAUAUCCUGAUGAGAACCUUGGCAAAGUUCGUGCAAAAAUUGCAAAGAUGACAAAAUAUUGGCCAUUGACAUUCAACUCAACAGUUGUGUACAGUAUUCGACAAUAUGUUGAGCCAUUACUAGUUUUGACUGCUAAAGAAGAUUUAACGGAAGAAGAAAUUCUGCAAUGUCAACAAUGCAUUUAUCAACUUGUUGGAAUUGAAACACGCCAUGAACUUACACUGAACAGUCAAAGAAUAAAAGGAAAGAAAGACGAUCAAUAUCGGUUGAUGUGGAAUGAGCUGGAAGUGAUUGUGGGAUUGAAUGGUAAAUCUGCGGGUCACAAAGCUGUUCUACAGUGCAUUAGAAAGGUUCGAACACAAGCACCUGAUGCUAAUGAGAAAGAAGUUGAUUCAGCACUUGGAGGAUUAAGAAAAAUGCUUGAUCUUGGUGAAACAUCGUCUGUGACAUCUUCAAGCAUGCUUCGUUCUUCAACUGAUUCUCCAAUGUCACCGCCAGCCAUUGAGCGUCAUAAAGGAUUGAAACAUCGAGCGACUUUGACACUUUUUGACAUUAUGAUUGGAAAGGAACAAGCGAUUGCCAAUAAACGAAUUGAUUUCUCAGGAAGACUCGCGACACCGCCUGGACAAGUUGCAACACUCUAUCCACAUCUCGUCGCUAAAGAAACACAAAGCGAUAUCAAAACUUAGAAAUUUAUUCAAAUCUUAAUUGUGAAGAUCAUACAAAAAUAAAAUCAUUGUAAAGUAAAUGUU